AUGCCUGUGGGGGCAAUCGGCUGGACACAGGAUAGCAUCAGCAGUCGUGUAUACAAUAUCACCCUUCAGAGCCAAGUCGAGAUUCGAGCUGUGGUCCACGCUGCACUGAACGAUUCACGGGGCGCCCUUGCCUACAUGAGGGAGCAUUUCCCUGAUCCCAUCCGCGUCUUCGAUUCAGGCGCAAAUGGAACCCUUUUCCAUCGACAACCGUCGGCUUGCGACAUACCGCAUGGUCGUGCCUUCCAGCACCCAGAUCCCAAUACGGCAAACGCUCAAGCCGCGUCCGCUGCCCUGCAUAGACGUUACACCACUCGGGAUGGAGGUUACUCUAUCGUACUCAGGGUCGGUGCUAGGAUCUCUGAUGGGUGCUUCACGAACUCGCCGUUCAUGACGGCAGAUACGGUUUGUCCAUGCAUGUAUCGGGAGUUGUAA